AUGGACGCCUCCUCCCUCCGCAUCUCCAAGUUCGAUGGAACUAACUUCCACGCCUGGAAGUUCAAGAUGCAGAUGGUGCUGGAGGAACGGGACCUAUGGGAGGUCGUCAGCGGUGAGAUCAAGGCGGAACAGUGCGAGACUCAGUUGGACCAAGCGACGUACAAGAGGAAGUCAAGAAAGGCGAUGGCAGUGAUCUGUCUAGCCAUGGAAGAUUCCCAGCUACCGUUGGUCCGGUCGGCAAGUGGUGCAUGCGACGCAUGGUCAAGGUUGGAAGACCACUUCGAGAAGAAGAGUCUUGCCAACAAGCUGUUCUUGCGCCGUCGCUUCUUCACGACAAUGAUGGAAGAAGGCGACGAUGUGCUCGAACACAUCAACAAGCUCAAGACGCUGGCGGAACAGCUAGAAGCGGUGGGGGCUCCAGUCUGCGAGGACGAUCUGGUGAUCACACUCCUCGGCAGCCUGAGUGACUCGUAUCAAUUCUUGAUCACAGCUUUGGAGUCGCGCUCAGACACUCUUAGCUGGGAGCUCGUGACGUCUCGACUGCUUCAUGAAGAAAUGAAGCGGAGGGAGCAAGGAAGUAAAGGUGAUGAAGCUUCGCAAGGUCAAGCGUUCAUCACAAGGGACAAUCAGCGCAAAGGGCGACCAGUGAAGAAGUCCUGGCCGAGCCACAAUUGCGGAAAGAUUGGUCACUGGAUGGCGGAGUGCCCCUCGCGCAUCCAAGAAAACACGGAGAGACACCGGCCACAGCGUGCUCAAGACAGCGGCGACCGCUAUCGAUCACAACGUGCAAACGUCGCUCAAGAAGAAGACUCGGGCGACUACCUCUUUUCGAUCGGUGAAACGACAUCUGCGAAAUCGAGCGACAUCUGGCUGGUCGACUCCGGGGCGACGCAGCACAUGACGUGCUCCAAGAAGUUCAUGCGGAACUACAAGGGGUUUGACGCUGUGGAUGUCCAUCUCGCGGAUGAUGGAAUCGUCCAAGCAAUCGGCAGUGGGGACAUUGUCAUGUCGAUGAAGACACCCCAAGGGAUGAAGAAAGGUGUGCUCACAAACGUGUGGCACAUCCCAAAGUUAUCCAGAAACCUGUUCUCGGUCGGCCGCUUCACCAAGGAUGUCGGCCCAGUGACGUUCACGAAGGAUGGGUGCUAUGGAGAAGCGAAAGGGACCAAGUGGAAAAUUGGUGCCCGUGAAGGUAAAGGACUGUUCAAGCUGCAAAUGACUCCAGUGGCGCCGGAACAAGCAAAUGCAGCCAAGUCGUCGGGAUGUCAAGGGGGCACCAAGUCGUACCUCUGGCACCUUCGGCUUGGCCACAUAGGUCACGAUGGACUCAAUUGCAUCGUGACGAAGAACAUUGGAAUUGGCAUCGACAUAUCUUCGGUGAAGAAGUGGGACGUGUGUGAAGGUUGUGCUCUGGGAAAACAGACUCGAGUGCGCUUCCAAUCAAACACUACAGCUCGCACCUCCAAACUCCUCGAAGUGAUUCACAGCGACGUAUGCGGACCGAUGUCGAUGGCAACUUUCAGUGGAAAACGGUACUUCGUGACAUUCAUUGAUGACAAGUCAAGAUACUGUGUCGUCUAUCUGCUCAAGAGCAAAUCUGAAGUUGCGGCGAAGUUCAUGGAAUACGCUGCGAUGGCCGAAACGCAAACCGGAAAGCGCGUGAAGUACCUUCAAAGCGACAAUGGGGGUGAAUACAAGUCCGACAAGCUGGCACGAUUCUGCGCGGAACGGGGAAUACAACAAAGGUUCACACCCCCAUAUACUCCUCAGCUAAACGGAGUAGCUGAGAGAAUGAAUCGCACGCUGGUCGAGUGUGCGCGUUGCAUGAUGGAACACGCUGGACUGGGAAAGAGCUACUGGGGUGAAGCAGUGAUGACGGCGAUGUUUCUUCGAAACCGCUGUCCAACACGUGCCAUUCACCAAGACAAGUCUCCAUAUCAAGUGUGGACGAUGAAGAAACCGAUUCUGGCCAACCUUAAAGUGUUUGGAUGCCACGCGUAUGUUCAAGUGCCUCAAGACAAACGCGCGAAGUUCGACUCCAAGUCAUCACUCUGUCGUUUCCUGGGAUACGCCGAACACCAGAAGUCAUAUCUGUUGAAAAGACAGCGGCUGUGA